GGUUUUUCGGCAGCAGCGGGGGUACCGUACCGUUAGCAGUCCGACUUCAAGACGAAACAAAGAGCGACUCUCCCUGGAGCUCAGGCUUUAAAACACUCGAGCUUUCCUUUAAGAGUACGGUCUGAGUCCUCGAACCGGGAGGGCGUUUGUUCUGAUGGGAGAAAGUUUUCUGCCGAACUAGUCGUUUACGAACUUUUUUAAAUUUUUUUUAACAUAAAAGCCGGACUAAAAGAAGGGAAAGAUGCCGAAAACGAUCAGUGUCAGAGUCACCACCAUGGAUGCUGAGCUGGAGUUCGCCAUUCAGCCCAACACGACAGGAAAGCAGCUCUUUGACCAGGUUGUAAAAACCAUUGGACUGCGAGAGGUCUGGUACUUUGGACUUCAGUACCAGGAUACAAAGGGUUUCUCCACAUGGCUGAAGCUCAAUAAGAAGGUGACAGCCCAGGAUGUGAGGAAGGAAAGCCCGCUGCUGUUUAAGUUUCGUGCCAAGUUCUUUCCCGAGGAUGUUUCGGAGGAGCUGAUCCAGGAAGCCACGCAGCGGCUGUUCUUCCUGCAGGUGAAGGAGGCCAUCCUAAACGACGACAUCUACUGCCCUCCAGAGACGGCCGUGCUCCUGGCCUCCUAUGCCGUGCAGGCCAAGUUCGCCGACUACAACAAGGAGGUGCACACGCCGGGCUAUCUGAGUGGGGAAAACCUGCUCCCUCAGAGAGUUCUGGAUCAGCACAAGCUCAACAAGGAGCAGUGGGAGGAGAGGAUUCAAGUGUGGCACGAAGAACACAAAGGCAUGAUGAGGGAGGAGUCCAUGAUGGAGUACCUGAAGAUCGCUCAGGACCUGGAGAUGUACGGAGUCAACUACUUCAACAUCAAGAACAAGAAAGGAACUGAGCUGUGGCUCGGGGUGGACGCCCUCGGCCUCAACAUUUACGAGCAGAACGACAAAAUGACUCCCAAAAUUGGCUUUCCCUGGAGUGAAAUAAGGAACAUUUCCUUCAACGACAAGAAGUUCGUCAUCAAACCCAUUGACAAGAAAGCCCCUGACUUUGUAUUCUAUGCCCCGAGACUGCGCAUCAACAAGCGCAUCCUGGCUCUGUGCAUGGGGAACCACGAGCUGUACAUGCGCCGCCGCAAGCCGGACACCAUCGAAGUGCAGCAGAUGAAGGCUCAGGCCCGGGAGGAGAAGAACCACAAAAAGAUGGAGCGAGCGCUGCUGGAGAACGAGAAGAGGAAAAGAGAACUCGCAGAAAAAGAGAAGGAGAAGAUUGAGAAGGAAAAGGAGGAGCUGAUGGAGCGACUAAAGCAGAUCGAGGAGCAAACGAAAAAAGCCCAGCAAGAGCUGGAGGAGCAGACACACAGGGCUCUGGAGCUGGAGCACGAGAGGAAGCGAGCUCAGGUGGAGGCUGAGCGUCUGGAGUCGGAGCUGAAGGGAGCCGAGGAGGCCAAGAUGUCUCUGCUGCAACAGUCGGAGAACCAGAUGAAGAACCAGGAACACCUGGCCACUGAGUUGGCUGAGCUGACUUCAAAGAUUUCCCUGCUGGAGGACGCUAAGAAGAAGAAAGAAGACGAGGCGACAGAGUGGCAACAAAAGGCAACCAUGGUGCAGGAGGAUCUGGAGAAAACCAAAGAAGAGCUCAAGAACAAAGUGAUGGCGGUUCAGGAGCCCGUCAACACAGAGAACGACCACGACGAGAACGAUGAGGACAGCGCCGAGGCCAGCGCCGAGUUCACGGCGGCGGCCACGUACAAGGACCGCAGCGAGGAGGAGAGGAUGACCGAGGCGGAGAAGAACGAGCGCUUGCAGAAACAUCUACUGGCUUUAAGCUCGGAGCUCGCCAACGCUCGGGACGAGACCAAGAAAACGGUGAACGACAUGAUCCAUGCAGAGAACAUGAAGGCCGGCCGCGACAAGUACAGGACCCUGAAACAGAUCCGGUCAGGAAACACCAAACAGCGCAUCGACGAGUUCGAGUGCAUGUGAUGCGCCAUGCCCGCCCACGCACAGGGGGCGGGGCCUUUCUGGACUGUUGUCCUGCUUCACCCCAAGCUGUCUUCUCCGCUCCCCAAACGAAUCAGCUCAGCAACAUAUCGUGGCUGCAACAAGCAACGGCACAGUGUACAGAACCAGAAAAUUCCAAUUCUUCUUGUUUCGAAAUUAGAUUUUUAGGCAAGUCACUGGUUUUAAAGGGACAUACUGUAAUUUAGUAGUACAUUCCCGAUGAGGGGUUUAUGUAGCAUAUUAGCAUUUAUGACACAGCGAGCAUGAACUUUUAGAUUCUUUCUAUAUUUUUGUCCCCGUUCAGUAUCCUGGUGUCAAAAUAAAAGCUUCAGACUUGAAUUGAAAAGUUAAAAUCCGGAUCAAA